AGGGGGUGGUGAGCCAGCCGGCUGCACAGGUCCUGCGGCCUUAGGCCUCCCGGUUGCCCAACAGGCGGCUGGGGGUGGGGCGCGGCCACUGAUUAAAGGGUGCCUGGAGCAGCCUGUGAGCAGACAGGUGCCCAGCAGCCCAGGAAGCCAGCCAGCGCCAUCCCCAGCUUUAGGCCGGCCUCGUUAUCCCCCUGAGAACAUCACCAUGUCCGAGCCACCCCGGGCUGAGACCUUUGUCUUCCUGGACUUGGAAGCCACCGGGCUCCCCAGUGUGAAGCCCGAGAUCGCCGAGAUAUCCCUCUUUGCUGUCCACCGCUCCUCCCUGGAGAACCCGGAGCGUGACGAGUCUGGCACCCCUGUGCUGCCCCGGGUCCUGGACAAGCUCACGCUCUGCAUGUGCCCAGGGCGUCCCUUCACUGCCAAGGCCAGCGAGAUCACUGGCCUAAGCAGCGAAGGCCUGGCAGAGUCCCGGAAGGCCAGCUUCGAUGGUGCCGUGGUGCGGACACUGCAGGCCUUCCUGAGCCGCCAGGCAGGCCCCAUCUGCCUUGUGGCCCACAAUGGCUUUGAUUAUGAUUUCCCCCUGCUGUGCACGGAGCUGCAGCGCCUGGGUGCCCACCUGCCCCAAGACACUGUCUGCCUGGACACGCUUCCAGCGCUGCGGGGCCUGGACCGCGCCCACAGCCACGGCACCCGGGCCCAGGGCCGCAGGGGCUACAGCCUGGGCAGCCUUUUCCACCGCUAUUUCCACGCCAAGCCGACCGCGGCCCACUCAGCAGAGGGUGACGUGCACACCCUGCUCCUGAUCUUCCUGCACCGUGCCGCUGAGCUGCUCGCCUGGGCCGACGAGCAGGCCCGCAGCUGGGACCACGUGGAGCCCAUGUACUCGCUGCCUGAUGCCCCAAGCCCCGAGGCCUGAGUGCCAUAGGCACUCCCUGCACCACGGGCAGCGCCCCCCUCGCCUGUUCAGUGGACUCAGGCCUGCAGCUGGCACUAACCAGAACCUCGAUGUCCCCAUGCCGGGCCUUUGCUGGCCCUCGUAGGGGCAGCCACAUAUCCCUAGAGCCUUCACCAUGCCCUCCUGGGACCGUGCUCCCCGAGACCAGGGUGUGUGCUCCCGCGCUUGGCUGCUGCGCAGCAUCCACUCUUCACCCUGUCUCAAUAAACGUAGUCAACUUCUCA